UGUAGCAGCAGUUGUUGGUCCCAACAUCCUUAAAAGUUUUCAGUUAGUUGUGUGAAUAGUGACUGUAAAAAAAGAUGCCAAAGUGACCAAACCCCUCUGGCCUCCUCCUCUAUUUAUAUCGUUGCCUCUGAUUCUCAUUUCCCUCAUUCAGCAUCACAUUCUUUCUCUAGCCAGUUUUUUUCAAGGCCAAACUCAAUGAAAAUGGCUGUUUUUGAAAUUUUCUUGGUGGGUUUACUUUCAAUGCUUUCAUCUGUUCAUGGCCGUGGUGGAGGAUGGAGUAAUGCUCAUGCCACCUUCUAUGGUGGAAAUGAUGCCUCUGGCACAAUGGGUGGGGCUUGUGGCUACGGAAAUUUGUACAGCCAAGGGUAUGGUACAAACACUGCAGCUUUGAGUACAGCUCUGUUCAACAGUGGGUUGAGCUGUGGGUCUUGUUUUGAGAUUAGAUGUGUUAAUGAGAGGCAAUGGUGCUUGCCUGGUUCAAUUAUGGUCACAGCCACCAAUUUCUGUCCACCAAAUAAUGCACUUCCGAACAAUGCAGGAGGGUGGUGCAACCCUCCUCAGCACCACUUUGACCUCUCCCAGCCUGUUUUUCAACACAUUGCACAGUACAGAGCUGGAAUUGUCCCUGUUGCUUACAGAAGGGUACCCUGCAAAAGAAGGGGAGGUAUAAGGUUCACACUUAAUGGCCACUCCUACUUCAACCUAGUACUCAUAACCAAUGUUGGUGGCGCCGGUGAUGUUCAUGCAGUGUCGAUAAAGGGGUCGAGGACCGGUUGGCAGCCUAUGUCGAGAAAUUGGGGCCAAAAUUGGCAGAGCAACAACUAUCUUAACGGCCAAAGCCUCUCGUUUAAGGUCACCACCAGCGAUGGCCGCACCGUGGUUUCUUACAAUGUUGCUCCUCCAAGCUGGUCUUUUGGACAGACCUUCGCCGGUAGCCAAUUACGGUGAAUUUCGUUAGGUGGAUUUUGAAAUUUUCUGUAUUGGGCAGUAUUAAAGUGUCCAAUACUAUGUAAUGCUACAUAUCUAAUGAGUCGAGUCGAAUUGAGUCUAAGUCGAGUUGGUAGUAUUGUGUAUUGUUGGGGCCAAUUUUGGGGCUGUUUUGUCACUUUUGUUGCAAGGCAGAAAUUGGCAGAGGUGGACUAAUUAUCACCCGCCUAUUAAUUAAGGAUUAGUAAGUGGUUUUUAUCCUAAUUAGGAUCUGUUUUUCCUGUCUUUUUGGUGAAUCCUGGAGUCUAUGGUUACCAGUAAACAUGUAUAUUCAAUUAGCCAAGUAAUCGAAGGUGUUUCCCAUUAUUAAUUUUUGAUAAA